AUUAUUCUAUUUUCAUUUCUCCUUUUUAACAUUCACACCUUCCAUUUUGGAGUUUCCCAUAUGUUUUUCCUUUCAUGGAUGGCCAAUUUUAAGCUUCUUUUAUUUGCCUUCGAUAAAGCUCCCCUUUCAUCAUUUCCUUCAAAACCUCAUCUUUUCAUCCUCACAGCUUUUGUGGCUACAAUACCAGUUGAGAUCUUGCUUGCUAGUAUGGAACUGGAGCCACAGUUCAAAGCACCAGUUCGAGCCACUUCAUUACAAGACUUUUGGGGACAUAGAUUGAACCUUAGAGUCUCAAAUAUACUUCAUUCGGCCAUAUGCAGUCUUGUAAAAUCCAUUUCUACACUAGUAAUUAGAUCCAGAUGGGCUUCAUUGCCUAUUACUUUUGCAACAUUUGUCACUUCAAGUUUGAUGUAUGAAAUGAUAUAUUACAAUAUAAUCUACAAAAGCCCUACGUGGAAAGUUACUUGGUUCUUCAUUUUACAAUGA